AUGCCGCCGGGGCAAGCCGUCCUCCGGAAGGAGAGAGAGAGAGAGAGGGACGGGCGGGUGCUAGAUGGGGAGGGCCUCACCGUUUGGCUCCUCUCCGCAGCACACCCGAGGUAUAGGCCUCCAGUGCUGAAACGGGAUGCGAUAUAUAUAAGCUAUGUUUCCAGAUGGAGCGCUGCCGCCGCUACCACGGCCACCGCUGCGCCGGCGCCGGACGGCGUGGAGGUGCCGCGGGAGCAGGUGGAGGCCAUCCGGUCGCUCAACGGGUGGGUGGCGGAGAACAUGCUGCCGCUGCUGGCGCCCGUGGAGUCCGCGUGGCAGCCGCACGACUACCUGCCGCGCUCGUCGGAGGAGGCCGGGGCGUUCGCGGAGGCGCUGGCGGAGCUGCGCGCCGCCGCGGCGUGCCUGCCCGACGACGUGCUGGUGUGCCUGGUGGGCAACAUGGUCACGGAGGAGGCGCUGCCCACGUACCAGAGCAUGGGCAACCGCACCGAGGGCCUCGGCGACGCCACGGGCUCCAGCGGGCUGCCCUGGGCGCGGUGGAUGCGCGGCUGGGCCGCCGAGGAGAACCGCCACGGCGACCUCCUCAACCGCUACCUCUACCUCACCGGCCGCGUCGACAUGCGCCAGGUCGAGGUCACCACGCACCACCUCCUCCGCAACGGCAUGGAAAUGCAGGUGCCCAAGAGCCCGUACCACGAGCUCAUCUACGGCGCGUUCCAGGAGCGCGCCACCUUCAUCUCCCACAGCCACACGGCGAGGCUCGCCGCGCAGCACGGCGACCGCACGCUCGCCAGGAUCUGCGGCGUGAUCGCCGCCGACGAGAGGCGGCACGAGGCGGGCUACACCAGGGUCAGCGCCAAGCUCUUCUUCGACGUCGACCCGGACGGCAUGGUGCGCGCGCUGGCCGACGUCAUGCGCGGGAAGGUGACCAUGCCGGGGCAGCUCAUGUCGGACGGCCGCGACGGCACCCUGUUCGCGCGGUUCGCCGCGGUGGCGCAGCGUGCCGGCGUGUACACGGCGAGCGACUACGGCGACCUUGUGGAGCACUUCGUGCGGCGGUGGCGGGUGGCGGACCUCGCGGGCCUGUCCGGCGAGGGCCGCCGCGCGCAGGAGUACGUAUGCGGGCUGGCGCCCAAGGUCCGGCGGAUGGAGGAGCUGGCGCAGCGGAGGGCGGCCCGCGGGGAGCCCGGCCUCGCCCGGUUCAGCUGGAUCUUCGACAGGACACUCGUGGUGGGCUGAAGCCUGCCUAGCUCUAGCCUGCGUGUGCGCGCUGCGGUGCGUGCGGGUGCCUCUCUCGGACGCUUGGAUUAGUGUUGUGUGCUGUGCUUGGAUUAGUAAUAAUAAGCUUUCCAUCGUGUUUGCUUUCUUAUUACAUCGUGCUAGGAAUAAUAAAUGGCUACAAUCGACUAGUAGGUUUUAACCGACUUUCUCACCGUUUUGAGGUGCUUGAAGUUCUGCUGCGUCCACCUCUUUGCUGCAUCUACAUCUGCAAGAGAUGGGCUUGCAUGACGAAGUCGGCCUCAUUGCUGUCGACAGACACGUUGCAUCUAAAAAAUACGACGAGCAUCUGUGCAGACUUGCUUGAGGAUCGGACUCGGGUGGACCUAACCAGCUGGCUACCUCUGCAGUACGUGAGAACCUGAAAAUGCAUGGAUGCCCGUCAUAGCACUCGUAGAGAGUGGAUGAGAAGUACGCCCGAUCCGAUCAGGUUCACUGAUUCUUGACCAUCCGAAACUACCGAUAGCAAAACAUUUUUCCUGAUAUUUAUCUUACAUUACAUGCUUCAGACUCCGCAAGAGU